AUGUCUCCUUCACCACUCCUUCCUAAAUCUGCCAAUGCAGUCUCCCUUCCACCUUCCCGACUUCCGGAUACUCCGCAAUCUCCAUCCUUCCCAUCCGAAUUACCGACACCGAAAUCCGCCGGUCUCAAGUCGUUAUCCCUUGACGAUGGCAUCAAGACUCCAUUAACUCCACCAUCCGCAUACUUGGACUUCUUGAAGACAUCCAUAGUCAUGAGGACACCCACAUCUGCUACCUUCAGAGACGUUCCCCUCCCACCAACCUCAGCACCACUCUCCGCAGGCUGCACAUGCCGCGGACGACGAGUUAUCAAGAAGCCAGUUAGCCUUUCGAAAAAGUCGGGCAACGAAAGUGGAAGCAACAACAGCAGCCGAGAGUCUUCUUGUGAUAGCACUAGCUCCGUGACUGCCUGCUCGAACUACUGUUACUUCCCACCUCCUACUCCAUACACACCAAUGACUCCAGGAUCUCUUAGAACACCUCUUUCCGCAGGAACUAAGAGAUUAAGAAUCCCACCUUCCCCCGCUUUCUCUCCAAACUACAAUGCUGCGUUUGAGAGCCCCUUCCCGAUCUAUUCCUCUGCUACACCGAGGACACCAAUCACCGAAGAAGAUGAAGAAGAAUUAUUAGAGUCUGGAAUCCUUAGCGCGAACGGUGAGAGGCCGAAAAAGACAAAUGCCUGCCGUCACAAGAAGAUCGUCACAAUAAGAGCAGAUGCCGCCGCCUUCUCGAGAACAGCACGGAUGAAGCUCAUGGCCGCCCCGAAGGGUAAGAAGAGAAGGGUAGACUAA